CAAUCCGCCGCUACUAGCAUAGUUUCGACGAAGUCUGGACAGCAUGCAGUCUUGUUUACAACGAUGGUGAGCUUGGAAGGAAAGUGUUCUUUUUUUCCUUGGAAUAGACGACAGCACAUUUAGAGCCACUCAAGCCUAAUGUCGAUGUACCAUCGAGAUGAUGUGCCUCUAGAAGGAGAAUCGGAGCCGUUUGAGACGCACUUUACGAAAACUUCCACAGAGAUCUGGACACCAAAGACCUUGCCACCAACAACAAGUACUUAUCAACCAAGCAAUCUUCUGUCAAAGGACGGCAUUCACGAUCAAACCCACCAGCUGAAGAUAAUCGAAGGGAAGACGAAGGAUAAAUCUCCCCUUCCUGACCUCGACGGGCCUUACGAUGGUAUCUACACUGCCCUUGGUACUGCUGAGCAACCUCAUCAACUCGAGUGCAGAUACUGUGGUCUGUCAUUGUCCAUUGUGAAGAAGUCCGUUCCUGACGGACAGCUAGACACAGCGUAUGCAACUCUGACGCAAGGUACAAAAGUAUAUAUCUGCGAAAGAGAUUGCCAGGGCAAGGAUUGCGAAUCAUGCGUCAGGCGUAAUAUAGGGGAGAGCCCCCCAAUCGUAAUUUGUCCGUGUUGCGAUCGUCCCGGGAAAGUAAACGCAAAAUCGAAGGGUCACGGUACCAAGCGAGAUACCAGCCGGGCUUGCAACAACGGUACGCGCAAAAGAGGCGGCGAACCAGGUCCUUUUCAAAAGGUCCGUACAUGCUCGAAGUGCGGAACGUCCUUCUCAACGCAAGACCACCUGAAUGGACAUUUGGAAAUAUGUGCACGAAGAGGUUGAAGGCAUGACCACAUCUGAUGCAGCAUUCUUAUAGAGCCUAAGGCCUAUAGGUAACGGGGUUGCGAGGGUAACAGUCGUGUUUUCAAUGUGCCACACUGGAGUGUAUAGCCUCAACGGGAAGUAG